GUGGAAUUUACCCAGCACUGUGAGGUCCAAAUUUGAGCGUUUUCAGUCUGCAGCUUUUUCAUUUGGGUUGUACUUUUUUUUUCUUUUCAGUUGGGAUAUUUGAUUUUGUUUCCCUUUUUAUCCGUAAACCAUGUGCACUGGGAGUUGCGCCAAAUGUAUUGGGAUCACACUCAUCACAUUAAUCAUUCUAUGCACCCUGGCAAACAUUUUGUUGUUUUUCCCAGGAGGAUCUGUUGUACAAGAGAACCAGUAUAUCACAGAUGAGGUGUGGUUUUUUGGAGGAAUUCUAGGAUCUGGUGUAUUGAUGAUAUUUCCUGCUUUGGUUUUCCUGGGAUUGAAGAAUAAUGACUGUUGUGGCUGUUGUGGCAAUGAGAGCUGCGGCAAACGCUUUGCAAUGUUUACAUCCAUCAUAUUUGCUGGAAUAGGAGUGGUGGGAGCAGGAUACUCUUUUAUUGUUUCUGCUGCUGCCAUUAAUCGAGGCCCCAAAUGUUUCGUCAAUAGCACCAGUUACGAUUAUCCAUUUCAUAAUGGGAAUUACUUGUCAAAUCACAGCUUAUGGGAUCAGUGCAAGGAACCUAAAAAUGUCAUCCCCUGGAACCUGACUCUUUUUUCCAUGCUGUUGAUAAUGAGUGGGGUUCAGGCAGUGCUGUGUGCCUUUCAGAUCAUCAAUGGACUUUUAGGCACUCUCUGUGGAGACUGUACCUGCUGUGGAUGCUGUGGGAACAAUGGAGCCGUUUGAUUCCGAGACUAACCAAUCCAAAAAAAAAUUCAAAGACAAAGAAACAAGAAGACUGGCGUUGGCAUUUGAAGUUAAUGUAACGGAGCAACUAAGAGCAGCUAAGGCAUUUGUUCAUGACUGUUGGAGGACAUCCGUCUUAUGACAACACGAGGACCAAGCAUUAUUGUUUAUUUCUUUGUGCUGUGCAUAUUUAUAUUUUAAUAAUGAAGAUCCUGUGUAUAUUUUAUUUCAUAAAUAUGUGUUGAUGAGCCUCAUUGCGUGAAUGCCUUUUAGUCAUAAGAACCAAUCAGGGUGAGCGCACUAUCUGUAGCUUUGCUUUAAAUCCUGAUAUUUUGGGGAACAGAACUAGUGGCAGCUGAAAUGUGAUCAGAGGGACUUGUGCACUCACUAUUUAAACCACACAGACAUUUAAAUUGUCAUGUCACCUGCAGUGCAUUUCCCUAGAGGCCAUGUCAAGGAAAAUUUACUGGUGGCGGUCUUUAACCCAGAGCAUUAAUGCCUUGUCACCGAGGUACAAGGAAAAGGAGUUGCAAGCUUGUUUAAUAUUCAUCUUUGUAUACAGUAUGCCAUUGGGGUAGCAGUAUAACUGGUGUGUGUGUGGAUAGCAACAUUUAAAACAAAAUUAAAAUUUAUUUUGGUACACUGACAGAA